AUGCUACCUUCGUCUGGGUCAUUUCUCGCCAUACUAGUGGCUCUAUGGCUUACUUUUGCUCUAAUUGGCUUUUCUGACGGCUAUGAGAGGUCCACCCGGCAUCAUGGGCGACUAAGAAACCCACCUCGUCCCGUUAAAGCAGUGUCGCUCUGUGGGUUGGAUUGUCCCUCGUGUGUUGCCGGAUCAAAUGCCGCACCAAAGGUUUCGACACCUAAAAAUGGGGUAAAAGGUGGAUCGUUACACAAGCGGGUGAUAGCCAAACCAGAGGACGAGGAUUUCGAUGGGGAUGUAGAUUCGUUCUUGGUGAGCCAAUAUAUGAGAGCGGUUUGGGUGCCCUUAUCUCAACAGAGCCUGUCAUCAGCUCUGUUCAGGGAGCUAGGAAAUGUGAAAUUCAACAUGGCAGUGCAGGAUCUAUAUGGAUGUACCUCAGUGGUUGUAGUUUCGGAAAAAGGCAUAUGGAUGUCGCAUCUUUGGGAGAACCCUGCAUUCGCUACGAACGGCCCGUCUGGUGAAUGGCUGCCCAGUGCCGACAACAAGUUCGAAGCCGAUGUCCUCAAUGCACUGGAAGAUGGCAAUCAAGAGAUGCCAGGCCUGGCACAAUUUACCAAAAAUGGCGGUGCAUUCAUCGCUGCCUACAAGCCAUUUGCCUAUAUCUUUUAUCCGACAGGGUCCCAGUACCCUAACUAUAACCGUGCAUAUAAGGCUAGGAUCAAUCAGAUCAGCCAAAAACUACAACGCCUCCUUCCACUGAACACACCGCCCCUCUUAUACCAAUAUGAUCGCGCUGGAGGAGAUAUGAUGAGAGCAAAGGGAAAGGUUCUUUUUCAGUACGAGCCUAAUGAAAGAAUUAUGCAGACCAAAGAUGGUCCGCUGCAACAGGCACUGAAUCGCAUCUGGCUAGAGGAUCGACCUACGUUUGUUCAUCAGAGAUACUGGCCUGCCUGGCCCCGGCAGAUGGCCUCUGGUAAUGCCAACCAGAGACGGGAUGCCUGGCGUAUUCCGACGCCAGGUACACCGGGUUCAAUACCAAACUCGAUGCUUAGUGGCUCAGAGACUACAGUUCCUCGCCAGAUCAUCCCAACUCGGGACACAUUGUCCAUUAUAACCCACGAUGACGGUAAUGAGACUUCUACUGCAACUAGGAGCGAGACACCAAUUGCGUUGCCUACGUCUCAGUCACAACAACAUCUAGUCCAUUUCUGA